UCUCUCUUCACAUGGCAACAGAGCAGUGUCUGCAACAGAGCAGAAGACCUCCAGAGGAUGAGCUCCCUGGUCAAUGCCUCACACCUCCAGCUCACUGCCUUCGUUCUGGGUACGGUAGGCUGGAUCUUGUGCACCAUUUCAAUGGGAAUGGUGGAAUGGAGAGUGUGGCACGUGGACAACACCAGCAUCAUCUCCUCUGGCAUUGCCUGGGUGGGGAUUUGGAAAGUCUGCUUCAUCAGUUACCUUCACGUCUCACCUGGCUAUAGAGAACAGUUCUGCCAUAAAUUCAGUGGCUAUGAGUCCUUCGUCCCCCAUGAAAUUUAUGCUGCUCAGGGUCUCCUGUUGAUUGCCAUGUUCGUGGGCUUGCUGGGACUGGCUGCUACAAUAUUUGCUCUGAGAAAUGUGUAUAUGGGAAUCACUCACAAGACUCUUAUUACCCCUUUCUUCCUGGUGGGUGGCUUCUUCUACAUAUUUGCUGGUCUGUGUGUCCUGAUUCCUGUGAGCUGGAAUUUCUAUUCUGUAACGCACAACAGGAGCAUUGCUUUUCCUCCUUCUUAUUACAUGCCCUCCAGUCCAGUGGCUCAGGAAGCUGGUCCUGCAAUUCCUGUUGGGAUUGUGGCUGUCAUUCUCCUGCUGCUAAGUGGGACUUUUUCUCUCUCAUACAGAUUUCCAGGGACCACAAAUACUAUAACAAAAUCCUGACAGGACAAAUCCCCCGUGCUAUUUCAGAACAAGAACAUAGUCAAGAGAUAAGGACAGCAGGAUGAGUGGUUGUAUAGUUAAGGAACUGCAGAAUUUAAUUUUAUUCUAUAGUAGCUAUUUUCUUAUAUGAACCAAUUGAGUUACCAUCUUAAUGGUCACAUAUGACCAGAGGUUCGUUUUGAGAUAACUGCUGUUGAGCAGCAACUGUGAUUAAAUUUUGCCAGUUCACCCCUUUUGUAUGUACAAACACUACUGAUUAAUUUAUUUUUUUGUUUGUGUAAACUAUUAACCAUGCUUAAGGAGCUGGCUC